GGGUGGGCUGCUCGCCAAAUUCUCGGUUUCUUUACCAAAACAUUUCGUUAUUUUUUUAUAAAUAUAUCCAACUUUUUCUGUUUUCCCAUAACUUGCACAAUAUAAAAUAGUGAUCAGUUAACCAAAUUCACUAGACAGUCAUGUAUUAGGAACGCCUUAAAUAUUUGUAUCAAAUUCGGCGACCGUACACCAUAAGAAUAUAUGCCCAUUUUUUCAACCUAGUUUUCUGUGUCGCAUGCAAUAACGCAAGCAAUCACUUUGAACCUACCUCUUUCAGCCCUGUUAUGUUCUAUACAUUGGUAUAAAUUUUCCCAGAUUUGCCAAUCACGCACUUCAUCAAACAUUAAUAACCAAAACUCUUCCAUACUCACAGAAACAGAAAAUGGCUGCUGCAGGGUCUAAAUUUAUCCCAAAGGUGGUUCUGAGCUCCUCUGCCGGUCAACGAAGCAUGCCGGUCCUUGGCUUUGGCACAGCUUCCGAUAGCACAGAUGCUACCCUUGUGAAAACGGCAGCGUUGGAGGCCAUCAAACUUGGUUACCGCCAUUUUGAUACAGCUUCUUUAUAUGGGUCUGAACUGGCACUUGGGGAAGCCAUAGCUGAAGCUCUUAAACUUGGCUUUGUGGGUUCUCGGGACGAGCUCUUUAUCACUUCCAAGCUCUGGUUGAAUGAUGCUCAUCCCCAUCUUGUUAUCCCUGCUCUACAGAAAUCCCUUCAGAAUCUUCAGUUAGAGUACCUAGAUCUCUAUCUUGUUCACUGGCCCAUCAGUGCCAAGCCAGGAAAAGUGCAAUUGCCCGUAAAACAGGAGGAUAUUAUUCCAAUGGACUACAAGUCGGUUUGGGCAGACAUGGAGGAAAGCCAGAGACUUGGGCUUACCAAGGCCAUUGGAGUCAGCAAUUUCUCUACCAAGAAGCUUCAAAACUUGCUAUCAUUUGCCACAAUCCCACCUGCUGUGAAUCAAGUGGAGAUGAACACAAUAUGGCAACAGGAAAAGCUCACAGAGUUCUGCAAGGCCAACAAUAUCAUAGUCACUGCCUACUCUCCACUGGGAGCCAAAGGCACACCAUGGGGCUCCAAUCAUGUUUUGGAUAAUAAAGUUCUCAAGGACAUAGCAUUGGCUCGAGGCAAAACCGUUGCUCAGGUUUCUCUUAGAUGGAUAUAUGAGCAAGGGGCAACUUCAGUGCCUAAGAGCUACAACAAGGAUAGGUUGAAAGAGAAUUUAGAAAUCUUUGAUUGGGAACUAACAGAGGAGGAUCUUCAAAAGAUCAGUCAACUGCCACAGAAGAAAUUUAUACUUAAUGUUACUCUUGGAAAUGGAAUUGAUCCCAACUUUCUUCAAGAAUUAUGGGACGGAGAGCUUUGAUUAACUCGAUGAAGGGCAAAAAUAAACUUUGAUAUAUAUGCUGUUCAUAGCUAUUGCAAAAUCUUUUUUCUUUUUCCAUGUUGUUUAUUUUAGCAUUCCGUGCACGGUUUUAUGAUUUACAUGUUCUUUCUUUUUCUUUGUUUAUUAUUUUGCCAUGAAUAAACAGCAUUGUUGUCAGGGGAAAAUUGUAUCUUGCUCUAUAAAACGUAAAAAUGCGGUUUGUACAUGUCCCAAACUAUGAAGUUCAUCACUCUGUUCUAUCAAAAAGUUUUCUCUUUAUUAUUA